UCCGUAAUAGUCACUGAACGUGCAAAGAUCGUCUGGAACCAGGGAAAUGGGAGACGAGUUGUUGUGGGCGGUCAAGAACGGAGACCUGGAUGCCGUGGAAAAGUGUCUAAAGAAGCCUGGGUUCAAUGUCAACAAUGAACUGAUGAACGGCCGAAAUGCCCUCCACUAUGCAGCGGACUACGGCCAGGCUGAGGUCGUCGCUCUUCUCCUCAAACUAAAGGCCGACAUCAACACUCCAGACAAGUUUGGAAUCACUCCACUGCUGGCUGCUGUAUACGAAGGUCACAAAGAAGUCGUGAAAGUCCUUCUCGAAAAAGGAGCAGACAAGUCAGGUAAGGCCCCAGACGGCUCCUCCUACCUGGCCUGUGCAGAAUCAGACGAGAUCAAGGCUCUGCUCAAAUAACACUAUGUACAUGAAGUAGUGGUAAGAGCCAGUUUAGUCACACCUACAUCAACAGUGACUAGAAACUUGGUCACAUCUCUUCAAUUAGUUUACACUUCAUCACAACACACGGUCUAACUGUUGUCAGUAGCUCUGGCCUGUGGUAUGUAUGGUAUUAGAGAUUUCGUCCAAAUUUAUUAGAAUUUCUCAUUUUUACUGGUUUUUUUGUGCAUUGUAACCUCUGUGAUGAUAUCAUUUGUGGAUGGUGCGUUUGUCAAUCGUUUAUUCAGAGGUUUAACUGAAUACAAUACGAUGCUAGUUAUACAAGGGUACACCCCUAUAAUAAGACUAGUGUAGUUUGUGGAUCAUCAACUAAUGAUGCAUCUUCUAUGACAGUUACUGCACUCUCUAGCUAUACUGCCCCGC